AUGGCCAGCUCUCUCGACCACAACCCGCCCAAUGCCGACAGGCAUAUCACCUCGGGUGGCUCCGACUGGCUUUGGGCGGUGUUCGCCGUUAUGGCGAUCAGCGACCUGAUUAUGGUCUUUUGGACAUUCAGAAGACCACGCGGAACACGACUUUUCCACCAGGUUGCUGUCAUCGUCCUCACGACCGCCACGAUUGCCUACUACUCUAUGGCGUCCGACCUCGGCGCAACACCCGUCACCGCGCAAUUCCAACGUGGCGGCGCUGGCACACGCCAAGUCUGGUUCGUCCGCUACAUCCAAUGGUUCAUCACCCUGCCGCUACUCCUCCUUGAGCUCCUCCUCGCCACCGGCCUCUCGCUCUCCGACAUCUUCACCACCAUGUUCAUGGCUUGGGUGUUUGUCGUUUGCGGCCUUGUCGGCUCGCUGGUUGUCAGCAGCUACAAGUGGGGAUAUUUCGUCCUCGGCUGCAUGGCGUUGUUCUACAUCUGGUACAUGCUCCUCGGCCACGGUCCCCGCAGCACCUUCGCGGCCGGUGGUGUCGUUCGCUCCGGUUACGUUCGCAGCUCGGCAUACCUCUCCUUCCUCCUCCUUCUCUAUCCGAUCUCGUGGGGCCUGUCCGAGGGCGGUAACGUCAUCUCGCCCACCGGUGAGAUGAUCUUCUACGGUAUCCUCGACCUCCUCGCCGGCCCCGUCUUCCUAUUCCUCUUCCUCUUCGGCCUUCGCAGCAUCGAGUACGGCGCCUUCGGUCUCUCGUCGGGCAAGCAUCACGAUGGGUAUGGCAACGGCUACAACAACGGAGCGAACGGUGUUAACGGUGCGAACGGCGCGAACAUGGCGACGCGCGGAGGCGCUCCUCUCGGAGCUGCUGCAAACACCACUGGUUCUGGCAUCCCGGGCGUAGGCGUUGGCGCUGGGCACACUGGUGCCGGAGCUGGAGUUGGUCAGAACGCUGCUGGAGCUGGCCUUGGUCACCCUGGUCCCGUCGGCGCCAACGUCGUUUGA